AUGCUUAUUGUUGGAUUAACAGGAGGAAUAGCUUGUGGGAAGUCCACAGUUUCCAAAGAGUUAAAAGAUCGGUAUGGGCUAACUAUAGUUGAUGCUGAUUUGAUUGCAAGAGAAGUUGUUUAUCCAAAUAAACCAGCAUUCAAUAAGAUAGUAACAACAUUUGGUGAUGAAGUUCCCGACUUAAUAAGCGAGGAUGGUAAUUUGAACAGAGCAGCGUUGGGCCAAGCUGUGUUUGGAAAUAAAGAAAAGUUGGCAACACUAAACUCGAUUGUGCACCCAGCAGUUAAAUGGGAAAUAUUUAAACAGAUUAUUAGGGCAUAUUUUUCUUUGCAGAAACUAGUUAUAUUAGAUGUCCCAUUAUUAUAUGAGAGUGGAUUAAGUUUAUUAUGUGGACUUAUUGUUACUGUGUCUUGUGAAAGGGGUGUGCAAAUUGAAAGAUUGUUAGCAAGAAACAAUGAAUUGUCUGAAUCGGACGCCAACAAGAGAAUUGAAAGUCAAAUGUCAAAUGAGGAAAGGAAUUACAGAUCUGAUAUAGUUAUAGAUAACUCUGGAAGCUUAGACACAUUAAAGGAAUCAAUAAAGUAUUUAAUACCCGAAAUUAAACCUAAUCUUAUUUGGUAUUUACUAGACUUGUUCCCACCUUUUGCAGUUACAUCAGCUUUGUUUACUUUUACUAUUAGAAGAAUUGCCGAUAGAUUCAAAGGUACUAAACCAAAAGCCGAUUAA